UGUAGCUGCGAUCGGCGAGGUAAGUGUCGAGGUCCUUGAGGCCUUUGGGGGUUUUCAAAUCGCCGAUGGCCAUUGCAAUAUGAUUUUAUCCUUCAAUAAAUAAAAAUUGGGAGACGGUGCAACCUCUCACGUCUACUUGGGGCGGAAAAGGGGGGAAGUUGAGAACGAGAGGCACUGAAUUGUCGACUAGACGGGACACGACGUUGUUCCGGUUGUUCUCGGACGAAGGAAGCUCCAUCGACUGGGCAAAAGUAGAAGUUUGACCGGUGACUCCGACACAGAGGUGCCAACACGUAAAUGUCAUGUUCCUGAGAGAAAAAAAAGAGAAAAUUCCACUGCAUUUGGACAUUAAAAAUUUCUCGAUUCUUCUCGUUUGAAAAAUUGAGGCAGAAAGUUGUUUUUCGUCAGGAUAAUUUCGUGGAGCAGCUGGGAUUCGAGAAAAGUGCGUGUGGAAGUGCUCUCUAACCUCAAAGUGGUCCCCCAGGGGAUGAAGAAUAAACAAAGUUGGGUUUAAUCCAGAAUAAUGGCAGCAUUGAUGAAGAAGAGGGUGCUGGCGGAAUUCACGCAAAACCAGACGACAACCCUAGACCCCCCCUUGAAGCGUCUCCGAACGCUCCGGCUCACCCCGGGGAAGCCCUCGACGUCAACAGCCGACGGAAGUUCGGCGCUAGCUUACGUCGAGUGCCUGGAGAAGUGCAAGGGUGGAAAUGACGCUCUCCAGCUUCUCGUUCGUCUCUCGGACACACUCUCGGGGAUGUCCUCGGACGACGUGCCCGUGACUGUGACGAAACUCGUGGAGAGGUUUCACCUGGAGUCGGAGGCCCCAGUGCGGGCGAAAAUCCUGUGGGUCCUGUCUGAGUUGGGCCAAGUGACGACAGAUCCCUCCGAGAAGAACACCAUAAUCGACGAGACUGCGCGCCUGCUGAGGUCGGAGGAGUCUCACAGGGUCAAGAGCCAGGGGCUCUCGACCCUCCUCAAGCUGGGGGAGUUCAACAGAAGUGGAGUUCUCAAAAUCGCCAGGGAACACCUGCAGGACACCUGGCACGGCGUCCAGACCCGCUGUCUCACCAUCAUCGGACGGUUUUUGCAUCCGACGACGUCCGAUGACACUCUGACACUCGUCGGGAACUACGCGAGGUCUCAGGAUCCCAGGGUGCGAGCUACUGCCUUUGAGACCAUGGCUGAACUACACACGCAACGCAACUGCAAACUUCCUCCCAAUUUCUUCACUGAAGUCUGCAGUGCACUGCGGGACGACUAUGAAAUCGUCAGGCGGGCUGUGCUCAAGCUCAUUUGGAUACUCGGGAAUGAGUAUCCUGAUCAGGUCAUUGUGGGACAGGACGGCGAGGACGUCAGGAUGAUUGACUGCGCCUUCUCCAAGAUCUGCGAACUCAUGGGGGAUCUCUCCCCCAGGGUCAGGGCGUCGGCUAUGGCGCUCAUGGGUAAGUCGGAAUAUUUUUCCCAAAAUAAAAUAAAUAAAAUAAAUAANAAAAAGCAGAAGCGCGUGGAAGACGAGGGCUCCGAGAUCGAGGAGCGAAGUGCAGCCUGCGGAGCGUUCAUCCACGGCCUUGAGGACGAAUUCCUCGAGGUGCGUACAGCAGCAGUGGAGGCCCUGUGCACCCUCUCCCUGGAGCAGCCAGGAAUCUCCCGGAUAACCCUGGACUUCAUGGUGGACAUGUUCAACGACGAGAUUCAGGACGUGAGGAUCCGGGCGAUCGAGUCCCUGCGAAAGAUGUCAGCGAACGUGACCCUCCAGGAGGACCAGCUGGAGACGAUUCUCUGCGCCCUGGAGGACUUCUCCGACGAAGUGCGAGAGGGUCUGCACGCGACCCUGGCAGCGAGCCGAUUGGCGACGAGGAAUUGCCUCCACAUGUGUGUGAACCGACUGGUGGACAACCUGACACGUUACCCCCAGGACAAGGACAGCAUCAGAAGCUGCCUGGCAGCCCUGGGGGCGUCCCACCCUUACCUGACGCUUCCCCUGGUGCCCCAACUCCUGGGGCGACACCCCUUCUUCGACACCCCAGAGCCGGACGUCGACGAGCCGUCGUACGCCAGCCUCUUAGUCCUGAUAUUCAACGCAGCCCUGCACUGCCCCAGCAUGCACGCCCUCUUCUCCGAGCACGCAGCCAAGCACUACCACUACCUGAGGGACACAAUGCCCCACCUGGUCCCCAGGUUGAGGCCCGCCCUGGCGAGGGCCCCAGGCACCCCUGGGGACGAUCAAGAGCCGGUGGACGAGGACCUCAGGGACAAAAGGGGACGAGAGUUCUUCGAGAGAAUGGCCGCUGGUGUCGAGAAUGCCAGACCCGGGGGGAAGGUCUACAUUCAACUCCUGGAGGCUGCUGCUGUCGAUCUCGACAGAGUCGCCGAAAUGGACAGCAGGAUGGAGGGGGCUGCGCACUUCACAUCGCUGUACGUUCGCUCUCUCCUGCUGCUCAGGGCUGUCAUCAAGGAGACGGAGGCACCAGUGGACAUGAAUUCAGCAAAUUCCUCGUCGAACAGUAAUAUCGCAACUCUGCUGAAGUACACACAGCAGUUGCAGAGGCUCUUCACUGGUCUCGACGAGGCGGACGUGACGUUGGCGACUGACGUCUGGCUGAAAGCCCUCGCUGUUGAGCUCAUCAGGGUGACGAAGAGGGCGACAGGGAGUGCUCUGCCUCUUGCCAAGCAUUUUCUCUCCGAGGCCGAUGGCCUCCCUCAGGACACGUCGAGGCUGCCGCCGUUCUCCAGGCAAUUGGUCAUGGAAAUUCCCUCGCUGGGGGAGGCCAAACCUGGGAGUCUCUCCAGGCUUCUUCUCCCUCUGCUGACGACGACUCCUCUCAGGGGCAACGAGAGACUCCCCAGGCCCUCCGCCAGGACCAGAAUGUGUCGAGCUGUCAUUGAGGAGCCCAGGGGGGAUGCUGAUGCUGCUCUCAAGUUCACUGGGGGAUUGCUCCUGGGAAUUCCGUUGACUGCCAAGAUCCUCAAUUUGAGGGAUCCCAGCGCUGUCAGGAUUAAACUGAGGCAUCCUGAUCAGCAGGUGCAACUGCUGCUGCCUGGGAAGGCUGAUCUCAGGCCGCAGAAUACUGAGGGGAGUGACUACAGGCUGAGAACUACGGUCUUGCUGUCACAUCAGGUGUGGAUGGAGUCCUGCAAUGUGGAGAUCUCGAUUGCACUUGCUGCACCCUCUACGUUCGCCUGCACUCAUCCUAGUAAUGAUGAUCCCUGUGUUCUGGAGCUCUGUAAACCGACUAAGGUGUCCAUCGCACCUAAACCUGUUAAAAGGGCGAUUUGAGGGAGGACAGGAGGGGAAUUUAUUGUUUACAUUGGAGUGCGACAGCGGAUCUUCGAGAAGUUCAGGGGUAUUUGGUAAGAUUUAAUUUUUUUUUGUUGUUAAAGUAAUAUUGAUAGUUAUGGGUAAUUAAGUCGAGAGAAUUGAGGGAAAUUGAGUGGGGAGGGGCGGGGGGAAGUCAAAUUAAUUGAAUUCUAAUUCUCUUUGAAGAAUAAGGUCGAUGAAAUAAUGAGAAAUAAUUUCCUCUGGACUUUCCGACAGUUUUCUGUCCCCCAAAGGCAUAGUUUAUCAGAAUAACGAUGUAUAUGCUCUUCAAUUUAGCAAUGAAUUGAAUAAAUUCGAAUGAAUUGAGUGGAACAAGAAGGGAGUAAUAAAAAUAAUUUAUACAUUGUAAAAAUAUUUUUUAUUCACCAAUAAUCCUUCACAAUUUUCCUAUUAUUCGUUUAAUUCAAUGAAGAUCGUCUGAACUAACUGCUGAUGGCCCUGGGGAUCCCCCGAAUAUAGA